GCGAUUAAUCGACUGGCCUAGUGAAUCAGAAUGAAAUUAACAAACCCAAUUGAUUAGUAAAACGGUACAAAAAAAAGUGUUUAAUUAAAGUAAUUUAGACUGCUAGAAACUCUCUCUCGAAGUGUGUGUGUGUGGUGGUAGCGUUCAGUUUUCUUUUAGAAACAUCAGCAACAUAACGAAAGCCAUGUCUUCACUCUCCGCAUCCGCGGAAAAUGUCUCCACCAUGGGCAUUGGAGGCGGGGGUCAAGACGGCUCCAACUCGCAUCCCACCUCCGAUGGCGGCGGCUCCAGUAUGUGCCUCGAACUGGCACUCGAAGGAGAACGUCUGUGUAAAGCGGGCGAUUGUCGGGCGGGCGUUGCCUUCUUCCAGGCCGCGAUUCAAGCGGGCACCGAUGAUCUACGCACCUUGUCUGCCAUCUAUUCGCAGCUAGGCAAUGCAUACUUCUAUCUCGGUGACUACGCCAAGGCCAUGCAGUAUCAUAAACAUGAUCUAACACUGGCCAAGACCAUGAACGAUAAGCUAGGCGAAGCGAAAUCCUCUGGCAAUCUGGGCAACACACUCAAGGUGAUGGGACGCUUCGAUGAGGCGGCCAUUUGUUGUGAACGCCAUCUCACACUUGCACGCCAGCUUGGCGAUCGUCUGUCGGAGGGCAGAGCGUUGUACAAUCUGGGCAAUGUUUAUCAUGCCAAGGGAAAACAUUUGGGCAAUCGCAACAAUGCGGGUGACGAUGUCAAGGAGGCGCUGGUCAAGGCGGUAGAGUUUUAUCAAGAGAAUCUACAGCUGAUGCGCGAUCUGGGUGAUCGCGGUGCACAAGGACGCGCCUGUGGUAAUUUGGGCAACACUUACUACUUGCUGGGCGACUUUCAGGCUGCCAUUGAGCAUCAUCAGGAACGCUUGCGCAUUGCACGCGAGUUUGGCGAUCGCGCUGCCGAGCGUCGCGCCAACAGCAAUCUGGGCAAUUCGCACAUCUUUCUCGGACAAUUCGAGGAUGCUGCCGAGCAUUACAAGCGCACCUUAGCCUUGGCCCUGGAGUUGGGCGAACGUGAAGUCGAAGCGCAGUCGUGCUACAGUUUGGGCAACACUUAUACGCUGCUGCAUGAGUUUGCAUUGGCCAUUGAGUUCCAUCAUCGGCAUUUGGCGAUUGCCCAAGAGCUAGGCGAUCGCAUUGGGGAAGCACGCGCCUGCUGGUCACUGGGUAAUGCUCAUGCCGCCACGGGCAACAAUGAGAAGGCGCUGCAAUUUGCCGAAUCCCAUUUGCAGCUGGCCAAGGAACUGCAUGAUCCCGUGGGCGAGAGCACAGCACGUGUAAAUAUCUCAGAUUUGCGCAAACUGCUGGGCAUGCCAGAGGCGGAGCAUACGCCAACGCCAGAGGAGGAACGCUCGACUGCUUCGGAUCACUCGGCCAGUGGACAUCAGUCGGAUGGUUCAGAGAACUCGCAGGGACGCAUGGUACGCGUGCGUCGGCAGAGCAUGGAGCAGCUAGAUCUGAUUAAGAUCACACCCGAUGGCAAGCGUCUGCAGGCGCAGGAGGAGCAGAAAACCAAGGCAGCCAACGCUGCCCACACAAAAGCCAAAGAGGAUGAUUUCUUCGACAUGCUCUCGCGUUCCCAGUCCAAGCGCAUGGAUGAUCAACGUUGCUCAAUCAAAAUCAACACAGCUGGCGGCGCAGCUGUUGCCACAGGCGCCACACGCAAACCGCUGGUGCAGCAGAACUCUCUGUUUGUGGAUCCCACAAAUCUGCCGGGUCUGAAGUCACCAUCGUCGGCUAUGCCGCCAGCCAUUAGCCAUGCACCGCUGGCGCGCAGUGCCACAACCACACAACAGCCGGACGAUGCUUUCCUCGACAUGCUGAUGCGUUGCCAGGGCUCGCGACUGGAGGAGCAACGCUCCGAGUUGCCCAGGGCACAUGUCACCAUGGAUGCGGAGGCGCCACCGUUGCAGGCACCGGGCGGAGGAGCGGCAGCGGCUGGCGCAAGAAGUCGCGAGUCGGGACGAGGCGCAACGGUGCCGGAUGAAGAUUUCUUUUCGCUGAUCAUGAAAGUACAGAGCGGACGCAUGGAGGAUCAGCGGGCGUCGAUACCGUUUGGCGGCUUUAGCAAUGCGCAGCGAAAUGCGCGCAACAACAACAAUAAUAAUAACAACAAUAGCAACAGCAACAACAACAAUGCCACAGGCGGCGGUGGAGGUGGAGCAGCUGCCAAGUAAACGUCCAUUUUGGCUGCUCUUCAUAUUUUUUGGAAAUCAGUUUGUUAUACGAUACGUACAUUUUGGCCAUUAUUGCAUGCCCGGCCUAUUGGCCCAGUUUUUUGGCCAACUGGCAAUCGAUGGCUAAUUUGGCUGGCUAAGCAUUUGUUGUAAGCUCAACUUUUAGUUUUGACUACCGACUAACAAAAACACAAGUAACCAAAAAUGAUUCAUACUUUUUUAAUUUUCUUACUCUUUUUUUGUUUAUUCGGUGAUGCAUCAGCUCUUCCAUUUUGAUGCAUCACGCACACACACAAAACAUAUACAUAUACAAAUACAAAUACAUAGAUAUACUCACCGUAGACAGAAAAGUUGAUAUUUGCGCUUUUUAACACCGAGAGAAUUUUUGCAAAACAAAA